GUGUCAUGUUUACAUUGGUGUCUCCAAAUGGCAGCUAGUAUUCUGUUAUCCUUUGAAUAGUACGAGUUUCUGGGUUGAGUUUUGGAUCAAAUGCCGCGAGUCGGUGCUGAGGAGGAGCUGCGGACUCUGACGGAAUGUCAGUACAGUUAUCCAGCAGAGACACUGUCUGAUCUUCAGAGAGUUCGAUCACUAUACUCUGAUCUUCGUCUCUAUGUGGAUUUUUACUGUUUUCCAAACAAGGAGAGGAAGAAGCUGGUUUACCUGACGGGCACAGUUCCAGUAAACUAUGAAGGAAGUGAGUAUAAUAUCCCAGUGUGCAUCUGGCUUCAUGAGACCCACCCAAUGUCCCGUCCUCGCUGUUACAUCUGUCCGUCCGUCUCCAUGGUGAUCAACCCAUCCUGUCCCUAUGUGGACGCCUCCGGCAACAUCAGUCUGGACGGACUGAAAAACUGGACCCAUGGCGUGUCUGACCUAUCACUGCUUGUGUCAGAGAUGAGGCGGGCCUUCCGGGUGGACACGCCCCUUUACACAAGGUGUCCUGUAGAGGCCCCGCCCCCUGCAAGUGUUCAGAUGUCACAGUCAGCGACAGGUGGAAGCCUCCACCAUCCCAUCAUCACCUCAUCCUCCAUCACCUCCUCACCACAGAGCUGUUCUCUUUCCCUCACCUCCUCAUACCCAUCUGGACAGAAAGCCAGCCAAUGGGAGCGGAGCAGGGAGGUGCGAGUCAGGAGGUCGUAUACUGAGGAGCUGCUGGGGAUCGAUUUCGGUGCUCCUUCUCACUCCUGCUUCUCCUCCUCCAAACACAGCAACCCCUUCCUGAGUAUCUCCUCCUCAGGUCCCCUUCCAGAGCCCAUCAACAGGAUGAUAGAGGCUCUGAGACUGGAUGGAGAGUACAUUAGAAACCAGCAGGGUGACUCACCUGUACGGAUCGUCCAAUCAGAGGCAGACAGAGACAGACACAGAAUGGAUUCUGGACCAGCGCCUGGACGACAGCAGGACCUGGGUACUCAGAGACUUCGGUCAGAAUCAGCAGCUGGUGUGGACCACAUCAAGAUGGCGGCCCAUCUCCCUCCAGACCAGGCGGCCAUCUUCCUGUCUCUGAUGAGGAUGGAGGGGCAGAGCUUCAGCCCCAGUGAUGUCAUGGAGGCAGUCCAACUCAACAGAGAUCUCCCAUCAGCCCUCAGGUUCCUGACUCACAGCUGCCCUAUAUGUCAGGAUCAGGUGACCUUCAGCAAGAUCAUCACAAUGACUCACUGCUCCUGCUUCCUGUGUCAGACAUGUUUUAAGACAUUUUUCGCAGCGGCCAUUAAAGAGCGCAGCGUUGAUCAGCUGGUUUGUCCUCAGUGUGGCAGACCUGAGGUCAGAGGUCAGGGGGGUAUGGAGGAGUCCAUGGACUACUUCAACCUGUUGGACACUCAGAUCCGUCACUUCCUGCCUCCUCAGGUCCAUGAACUUUUCCAGAGGAAACUCAGAGAUCGAGCUCUGCAGGAGAUGCCGAACUUCUGCUGGUGUGCUCAUUGUUCAUUCGGCAUGCUUCAUGAAGCUGACCGGUUGAGGAUGGACUGUCCCAGCUGCAAGAAGAGUACCUGCUCUCAGUGCAGAUCACCUUGGUCUCCUCAGCAUCAGGAUCUGUCCUGUCAACAGUUCAGAGUCUGGCAGCAGCAGAACCAGCUGGACCACCACACCACCACCCUGCUCAGCUACAACAGCAUCGAGUGUCCAAACUGUCAGUUCAUCUUCAGUCUGUCCAAAGGAGGUUGUCUUCACUUCACCUGCAGUCAGUGUCAGCAUCAGUUCUGUGGAGGCUGCAGUCAGACCUUCACUUUGGGAUCUGCCUGUGGUUUCUCUGCUGACUGUGGAACCAAAGGUCUUCACGCCCACCACCCCAGAGACUGCCUGUACCACCUGAGAGACUGGAGUGUGACCCGCCUACACCUCCUGCUACAGUAUUACAGAGUGUCUCCUUCCUGGUUGGAACCAGCCAAUGGCAGUUCACCUGACACCAGUCUGACAGGAGUAUGUUUGGUUGAGAGAGAUGACGGCAGCAGACGAGAGAAGCCCUGCGGACAACCUGCCCUACCUGAAUACAGAGGAUACUGCCAGUUGCACUAUAAGGAGCGUUUGGUAGAGUUGAUCAACCGUUGUCGUGCCGACCCGGCAGUCCUCUUCAGUCUGGCGGAAAUGAUGGCGGAGCUGCAGCGUUGGCACGUUCCCUUGCCGACCAGGAAACCAGAUGAAUCAGAGCCGCUGUACGCCCACCGCCUCCGCCUGACUCUGACCAAUAAAGUUCCUCUCAGGAAGCAGCGACGCUCUCGACUCAAACUCGACAACGACCUCUGCCCUCUGACCUCUGCUGUGGCUGCUGGAGCUCUGCCCUCUCACCUGCUGCUGACAGACUGAUCCCGCCGACUCCUGACACGCCAGCCAUUCAGAUGACAGCCAUAGUAACCACUGACUUUUUUUUUUUUUUAAAAAGAGACGUUUGGAGCCCUUGGUCUCCGAAAAAACUGCAGCUUAAAAGCUGAACUGACAAAAUCUAACGAGACUGAUAUAGGUCCUCACCUGUUUACUUCCAGUGACAUAAAUAGUGACAUCAGUCUGCUUCAACUGGUGGCUUCUGAUUGGCUCACUGGUUGCCAUUGAAACACAGCCAGAGAAACAAAAAGACUUUAGAAGAAUAAAAGUAACCAAAGACAAGCAAAGCCACCAAUCCAAGUUAAGGGCUGCUGUUCACCUUAACAAGCUGAAUGCUGACGAGCAAUUUGAGACACCAUUCUAAAACGCUGCCGAUGCUAAUGACUCUCUUCUUAAUAUUCUAGGAUCCAGUUAGCAUUUGUUAGCAUGUCUUAGUGCAGAUCAAUGGGAAGAAGAACCGUGUUUUUAGAGCAGUGUAUCAGUCUUGACUGUGCCGGGGCAUUGAACCCUCAACCCUCUGUUUUAGUUCUUUCUGUACUUUGAC